GCCACCACCGUUCCAGGAGGUGCAUCCUCUGGAAUGCGACUCGAGAGGGAUGUGAUGUCUAUUUCAGUCGCAGCCCAAGGCCAUGUCCCAGAUUGGAGACUGCUACACAGCACACUGCUGCACUCUGCACCGCACCGAGCCGCUCCCCUCCUCAUCGUCUGGUCUGGUCUUGAGGAGAUGAGGACCCGCCGGUGACCCCGAAGCCUGCAACACACACACACACCGCACACAUUCUUGCACGUUCCUAUACGCACGCUCACACACACACACAAACCUGAGCGGAAAGCAGACAUAUUUCUACACGUGCACACAAAACACACACAAGCGAGACAAGAAAACACAGACAGAUAGGCAGACAGAACACACACGCAGACAACAUGCGGAACAAGCCGUCUAAUUCCACUAAUACGAAAAAAUCUGCAGAGACAGACAGGUAUGACACAGCAGCCACUACAAACACAAAGAGAGACAUUACACACUCUCCAGUGCACACUGAAGUGUUUAGAAAGGUUUAACUCUCACCAUCUGGAUAUGGACGGUAGGGACACGUCCCUACCAAUAUCAAGGUGAUGCUGGAUUGUCCUUACCAAUAUUUUUACUGAUCUCAAACAAUCUAGCAACUUUAAUUCGACGUAAUGUUAAUGGUAAGAUCUCUACGGAGUUGCCAGGUUUGUAUGUUUUCUGCCAAAAAGUGCACUAUUAUGUUAAAGGGUGAAAGAGCAGGAUAUGGGGGAUACUCUACCUGAUGAUCUGGCAGUCCUCAACCUCAAGCUGUACACAUUGUUGACUAUCAGCAUCCCAGCAGCAGCAGCCAGGACAGUCUGCCUGCAGACCUCCACUGUCAGGCCAGCUCCACUGUCAGGACAGGAAACGCCACCAAAAUAAAACGAUACCUCCGCUGUCAGGAAAAAAGAGCACAGAACUAUCCGCCGUCACAGCAAAUACAUGUUGCUGUUUAAUGUGAUUUUGUCAAUGAUAUAUAGUAAACAAUUCUGUCAACGCAGUAACGUUAUAGUAUCCUAUGGAUUCUUUAAAUGUAACAAUAUAUAUCUGUCAACAUGUAAAGUGAUUGACUGCCAAUAUAAUGAUUCAUAUUGAUUCAAUAAUUAUAGGCUAUCAAUCAACGUAGCGGUAUUAUUUAAGUGUUGAAUAUAUUGAUUUAUUCUGUCAAUGUAGCAAUAUUUACUGAUAGAUUCAUAAAUAUAUAUAUCCUAUAGCUUAUUGAUUUAAAAAAAUGCUUAUUGCUUGAAGCCUCUCUUCAGCUCUCACAGACACGAACACAUUCAUUGUUCUCCUUCUAUUCACAAUGUCUGAGUCAUAAUUUCUCUCUGCAGACAGAGAGACUAUUGAACUGUGAUCAGGUGAAUUAAAUAUGAAAAACUGACAAUCAGUUGUCUUUCUGAUCACACUGUCUUUUAUCAUAUUUACAGCCUAGCCUAUAUAUACCUAUUGAUAUAUGAAAAAUCUACCAAAACUAGUUUUAUAUUAAUACAACAUGUAAGGAAAAGUUUUCUUUGUGUAAAAAUGACCUAAUGAGCUAAAGCUAGCCACUGUUGGCAUAAUAGAAAGCCUGACUGGAUAAUUCAGUAGUUACAGGUAUUUAAAUUAACACAAACAGAUAACAUAAUAUGAGCUAUUUUAACAGCACAACUAGUACGGAGCAAAACAUUCAGACUAGUGGAUGUUUUGGAUAAUGAACAUUUGCCCAUCACUGUUGUGUAGGGGAGGCUUCAAAUAUUGACCAGAACAGGUGUCAUUCAAACUGAACUUUUACUCACCAAUGUGCUGCAGUUUUACAAAAAAGAAAGUAAACAAUGGACUUUACACACAAAUAUCAUCUAAAGCUGCGACAAAGCACGGGGUGGGUUACUUCCUUGAAACUUUAAAAAAAAAAGCAUCCUUGUAUGUAACUUAGAACAAUGCAUUUUCAGUGCAGUGUUUUGUUCAAAGUAAUACUCAAUAAAUACCAUUACCAGGUUUCCCAUAAAUUCUCACAUUUACAGUAAAUACUAUGUGUAAGAUACUGAGUCAGAGAAGACAGUCAGAGUUAAUGGUGAGUCACGAUGCUUUAUUGGCACUUAGCCUACAGCUAAUUGCGAACACUGAUGCAGUACGGUAACUCUGGAGGAAUACACAGAGGUCAACUAUGGAAACCUACACAAGUCGCAUAGAGCUCAACUCACAACAGCAAUACAUUACACUACAUUUACUUUACUGAUUACUUUAAACCAGACAAGACACAGUCGCAUUGUCACUGCUGUGUAUGGCUCUUGAAAACAACCAUGGGCAUGCCUAGCAUCUUCUUUUACGGUUGUAAAUGCUGGCAAAAAAAACAAAAAAAACAACAUGUUAUUUCCUGUCCUGACAGAGGAGCUGCCCUGAGAGUGGAGCCUGCACCGGAAGCGUCCCCACAGAGGAGGGGGGGUCUGCCUGCAGGCAGACCCCUUUUGCAGCAGCAGAAAUGGAGUCAUCGAGAUGUAUCCAGAUGUUGCUGGUGAUGUGCAAUCCAUUACAGCAGGUACUUGGUGUGGAUGGGGUCAACUUCAGUGUGCAUGUGGAGAACCAGACACAGGUGCGAGACACCAUGAGUCGGCGACACCACCGGGUUUACCAGCUCUACAGUCGCACCAGCGGCAAACACGUCCAGGUGCUGGGACGCAGAAUCAGCGCCCGUGGAGAAGAUGGAGACAAAUAUGCCCAGCUCGUAGUGGAGGCCGAUACCUUUGGUAGCCAGGUGAGAAUCCGGGGCAAAGAAACCAAUUUCUACCUGUGCAUGAACCGCCGGGGCAAGCUGGUAGGAAAGAAGGCCAGUAAUCGAAGCGCCGACUGCGUCUUUGUGGAAAAGGUUCUGGAAAACCACUACACAGCUCUGAUGUCAGCGCGCUACACGGGCUGGUAUGUGGGCUUCACGAAAAGAGGGCGUCCACGCCGCGGCCCCCACACACUCCCCAACCAACAGGACGUACACUUCAUGAAGCGCUUCCCGCCUGGGGAGCAGCCUGACCUCACCACCCCCUUUCGAUUCACCACCGUCAGCAAGCGGGGCAAGAGGGUGCGUGCUACUGGGCCCCGCUAGUAGUGGCUAACGCUAGCACCCACUGUCUUGUCAUCCAAAGCCUUGACCUGAGCCUGCCAAUGGCUAACCUAGUCAUCUCUUCCGCCUCACAUGACUGAACAUCUCCCUUUGUUGGGACAAACAUUGACCAGAAACUUGAUGAAUCAUUCAUGGGGUUUAGCUUUACACCUACUAAUUUGCCACUACAGCCCCCUAGUUAGUGAUCAUUCCUCUCAGUUUUAGUUCCCUUACUGGACCAACUGGACCAUUACUGGUCCAUCACUGGAAGCUCUAUGGACCUGGUCUGCUUCCCUUCAUAGGCCAGAAAUAUUGACAGGGAACCUGAAGGGCAGCCAAACAGAGUCCCCAGCUUAUGGCUCCACAAAGGCCUUUAUUUCACAACCAUGAAAACCACAAGGCCUUCAUGUCUCCUGUUCUGGACCAGCUGGACAAUGUCAAGUAUGGGAUUACAACUGGACCAUGCAGGGAGAGAACAAGGGUGGGAAAGACUGACUGAACAAGGGAGUGGGUGCUUAGCCUAUGGGAUAAAGGGAAAACAAGAAGGAGAAGACAGGACAACCGCGGAGUGGACAAAGGGAUAAAAUGAUCUGCACCGAACAAAUAAUGGACUGUUGACAUGUGACGCACUUAUUUUUCUCACCGCUAAAUUGGUGAGAACCUGUGAGACUGUCGGAUGAACGGAUGGAUGAAUGAGGGAAUGAUAAAGUGAGUGACUUACUGACAAAAUGCAUGUUUGUAAGAUGAAGAAAUAUAUGUAACUGUGUGUGCGUGCGUGUGUGUUUGUGUGUGUGAGUGAGUGCACCAACAACCGUGAGUGAAGCUGGAUCACGAGGGACUCUGGAGAGGGACCAUACAGUCCCUGCAUGAACCCGUGACAACUCACUGCAGGGACUGAAGCUUUAGGAACUGGAAUGUAUAAAAACCAAGCUGCACCAAAAAACAGCCAGCCAAUCACAGAAAAACCAAACCAACGACCAACCAAAGACAACUGGAGACCUUCUUCAUGACUCCUCUUUACGCCCUGCUCCCCCCACCAACCCCCUCCCCCCCAGGACACAACACCCUCUGCUUAUAGGUGCAGAGGAUGACGAGCGCAAGGGGGGAGCAUGGCGGGGAGGGCGCCUUCUCUAUUAGCAUUGCUAUAGAAACGACCCAGGGGAUGAUGCUCCCGUGCGAUACCGUGGAUACAGAAUGCUGCUACCAGGACAUUCAGUGGAACAAACCAAAGUCUCAUGCAUACACACAGGAGAAAAAAUAUUAAAGGGAACAAUUUAUUGAAAGUUAUAUAUAUAUUAUAUAUAUAAAAGAAGACAGAAACCCUAAAUAAGCAAUCUUACUAUGAUGGUUACUAUAAUUAUUACGAUAAAAUUAUUUCAUUUAUUUAUUUCAGCUCUGUGUGCAGCAGUCUUUCUCGACUCAGUAAACCUUACAGAAACAUUUCCUGUGUGUCUUUGAACUGCUUCUUCACACGCUCUCUUUUCUGUCACGAAUAGAUUCACGUUCAGAGAGGCUCCAGAUGUGCUCAGCUGGCUUUAGUGUUCUAUUAGUUGAUCGAUUGAACAUUAAUUGGCAAUCUUUGAUAACCUAUAAAUCAUUUAAGUCCUGUAUGAAGCAAGAAUACUAUACAUUUGCUUGUUUUGGCUUCUGUAACGUGACGGUUAAAUGGUUUUCUGCUGUAUAUAAUUCUGAUUUGAACAUUGUUAGGUUUUGGAUUGUUGGUUAAACAAAACAAGCAAUCUCUUUAAACAAGUGUGAUAAGCUUUAGGGUUGGGCACUAUGGUGAUAUGCACGGUGAUGCAAUAUUAAUUUGGCAAGUGUCACAGAAUUGGUCAUACUGUUUACACUGAGGGUAUCCACCCCUGUAUCCCAUAUGAAUGAUGAUAAUAUCUCUGGCUGUAUCAGACCAUGGUUGAUGCAAUCAGUCAGACAGCGCAGUGAUUUAUGGUAAUAUUGUGUUUGAAUGCGUUUUACAUCAAUUUUUAGGUAUUAACAUGUCUUACA